AGCACGAAAGUGUCAUGGCGUCUCCCUUGAAGGAGGUUUGCAGCAGGAGAAAGUAGUUGCUGUCAUUUCUUUUCUUUUCAUUUUCCCCUAGUCGAGCAGAGCGACUAACCACGACCGAAGAGGCUUUUAGGAGCGGGUACUUAUAAUGGGGACAGUCCAUGCGAAGAGUCUGGACCCUCUCCCGAUGCAUGGCAGGGACUUGGGCAUCAACCCCGAUGACUUGGUGGAGACUCCAGAGCCGGACUCGGAGGCCAAGCAGGAGAUCCUCGAAAACAAAGAUGUAGUUGUCCAACAUGUCAACAUCCAAGGUCUUGGAAGAACCAAAGAGGAUCUGCUCGGCUAUGAGAUCUCUGAUGUGUUCCAUGCCAAAAACCUCAUUGAUGUGAUGAAAAAAGCUCACGUCGCCAGACAGAGGCUUCUCCGCCUGGGAAUCUUCAACGAGGUGGAGGUUCUUAUCGAUACAUCUGAAGGUACAGAUGCCCUGCCCAAUGGCCUAGAUGUAACUUUUGAGGUGACCGAGAUCAAGAGACUGACGGGAAGCUACAAUACGAUGGUUGGCAACAAUGAAGGAAGCAUGGUUUUGGGUCUGAAACUGCCCAACAUGUUUGGCCGAGCUGAGAAACUCACCUUCCAGUUCUCCUAUGGGACCAAGGAGACGUCCUACGGCCUGUCCUUCUUCAAGCCCCAGCCUGGACACUUCGAACGCAACCUCACUCUCAACUUGUACAAAGUCACCGGUCAGUUCCCAUGGAGCUCCUUAAAGGAGACCGACAGAGGCGUGUCUGCAGAGUUAAAUUUUCCUCUUGGGAUGACAAACCACACACUGAAGUGGGAGGGUGUCUGGAGGGAGCUGGGCUGCCUGGCACGCAGUGCGUCCUUCGCAGUGCGAGAGGAGAGCGGACACUCGCUGAAGUCUGCUCUCUCGCACACAGUGUCAAUCGAUUCAAGGAAUUCUGCCAUUUUCCCCAGCAGAGGUGCCUUGCUCCGGAUCAACCAGGAGUUGGCUGGGUACACAGGAGGAGACGCCAGCUUCUUGAAAGAGGAUUUUGAGCUGCAGCUCAACAGACGGCUCUUCUGGGACUCGGUCCUGUCUGCAUCUCUGUGGGGUGGAAUGCUUUAUCCCAUCGGACCAGAACCAUCUUGCAUUGCCGACAGGUUCUACCUUGGAGGUCCCACCAGCGUACGAGGAUUUGGGAUGUACAGUAUUGGGCCACAAAGUGAAGGUGACUAUCUGGGUGGAGAGGCAUACUGGGCAGGUGGCCUGCAUCUCUACACACCUCUGCCCUUUCGACCAGGAAAGGGCGGUUUUGGAGACCUUUUCAGGACACAUUUCUUUCUCAAUGCCGGCAACCUCUGUAAUCUUCACUAUGGCGAAGGUCCCCGGGCACACCUUCAGAAGCUAGCUGAGUGCAUUCGCUGGUCCUACGGAGCGGGUAUUGUGCUCCGGCUUGGAAACAUCGCCAGGCUCGAGCUCAACUACUGCGUGCCCAUGGGAGCUCAGAGUGGAGACAGGAUAUGUGAUGGCGUCCAGUUCGGAGCAGGAAUCCGCUUCCUGUAAUCUCAUCACUCACUCUGCCGAUUCCGCUGAUCUCAGUCCACCAGCAGAGGCUGUAUUGUGAAAAGGGAGAAAAUCUUGUCGUUUGUCACCUGUAACGUGUUGUAGAAUAUGUCACAAUAGCAUGGGAAACGUGCCUGAAUGACCCAUGACCCCCCGAACCCCCGAACCCUCCUUUGAUACGCCCUCCUUUGAUGGACAAAGUGCCAGUGCUGGGCAAGAUUUCUUUAGCAGCAAUCACAAGACAUGACAAUAAAUAUGGCUAAUAUACAAUCAUGCUACUCUUCCUCUUUCCUUAGUUUGAAAUCUCCAGCACUAGCACAUUGUCUGUGGAAAAGUUGUCACCAAGUAAAUUAUUUACCUUAUUGUUAAAGAGAUUUUCGGGCAUGCUUCCUGUUUGCCUUACAGGAUUGCUUCUUAAUCUAGGAGCAAGACUUGUUAAUGAUUUUGUUAUAGCUCAGUGUUCACCACGCACUCCUCUGACCCGAGGAGUGAGAUGUAGGACAGGAAUCGACCCUCACACCAUUCUUCAGUUGUGGGUUGAUGUUCAUCUCUCGGGCAGGGCAGCAGAGGUGGGAGAAACCACCACCACCACCACCACCCCCCGAGCAACAUCCACCACCAGUGCUCUUACCUUUUAGUCCUCUUUUUUGAUGUUGUUAAAGCUCUUCACAAAUAAAUCACGGUUGCU